AUGAGUGACUACGAGAGAGCCCUGAUAAACGCUGUGGAGACAACCUGGCCCACGACUACCAAGAGAGGAUGCUUCUUCCACCACAAGCAAGCACUUUGGAGGAAGAUGCAGCAACAUGACCUAGUCCCGGAAUACAACGCAGAGAACUCAGCAGUCCGGAAGUACUUUCAGAUGAUCGGUGCUAUUGCCUUCGUGGACCUUGGAGACGUACUGGAUACCUGGACGCAGCUGAAAGCAACCCUUCCCUCGGAGAUGGAUUCCUUUGCUGACUACUACGAACGUACCUGGGUCGGAACACAAACCUCCUCUCCCCUCUACACCCACUGGAUCUGGAAUCAACGGGAUGCUGUCAUGGCCGGACUCCCAGAAGUUCCAACAUUGCUGAGGGUUGGCACAACGGUUUUCGAUCCUUGA